GGGAGCAACAUGGUGGCUGGGCCGGACUGAGAGUGUGUGAGGCUCGGAGGAUCUAACUCGGAGCGUGUGUCUUAUUGAUGCCAUGGCAUUGGAUGUGCACUUCACAACGUUUAAGGAGUUCAGUCCAUUAUCUUAUCUGCUUAAUGCUAUCCCAACAAAAGUACAAAAGGGGUUUAGAAAUGUUCUUGUACAUCUCACAGCCCUUGAUUCCAAUAAUGACUACAUUGCAGUGGGCAGUGAUAUUGGUAUGCUUUAUCUCUACUGCAGACGGCUGAACAAGAUGACAAAAUAUAAUCUGGAGGGUAAAACUGAUACUAUUAGAGUGGUGAAACUGCUGGCUUGUUUUGAUGACCUUGUUGCUGUUGGAACAUCUUCAGGAAGAGUGGUAGUUUUCCAGCUCGUUUCCCCAUUGCCUGGAAGAAACAAGCAGUUGCGUCGAUUUGAUGUGGGUAUUCACAAAAGUAAUAUUACGGCACUAGCUUGGAGCACAAAUGGAAUGAAGCUGUUCUCUGGGGAUGAUCAAGGCAAAGUAGUGUAUGCUGCUGUGGACUUGGACCAGGGUGUCUGUCGUCCCAGAGUAAUAUUGGAAGAGUCAUCUCCUAUAGUACAGUUAGACUACACUCAAAAAGUACUGCUGGUUUCAACUUACUUGCAUUCUGUUCUUAUAUAUACUGAGCAGAACAUUAUCAAACAGGUUGGAACCCAGCCAAGGAAAAGUGCUGGCAGAUUUGGAGCCUGUUUCCUACCAGGACUCUGUAAACAAACAAAUGUGAAUUUAUAUGCUUCAAGACCUGGACUUCGUCUGUGGAAAUCAGAUGUCCAAGGGGUUGUUCAGUCAACAUUACUUUUAAAAAGUGUAUUUACUUGUGGAGUGAAACCAUUUGAACUGUUGCCUCGAGCGAGUUUCUCACCUGCGAAUAAAGCUGCUACUAAACCAGCUGAGAGAAACUUUGGGCUGUUGAAGUGCUUUCUACAUGAUGGAUGGGUUCUAAGCUGGAAUAAGACCAGUAUUUACGUGUUGGAUGCAGUUAACCAGGCUCUGAUUGGUGGACUCGAAGGGCUCAGUGGCAUUGUGUCUGUUUCCUGUACAGAUGAUGAAAUUUUCAUGUUGACUGACUACCGUGAUAUAAUUCGAAUUUCCAACAAACCAGAAUGUUUCAAGUUAAUGGGAGUGCAUUCACAAUUAAACUCCCCGCUGACUGUCAGCUCCAGGGAAUCAGUUCAAGAAACAGUGAUUGCAACAGACUCAAAAGAAAUGCGAAGUGAAAAUAAAACUUCAGAAACUGAUAGGUUUGAAGCACACCAUUCAUCGUCUUCAGAACUUGAGCCAAAUUUGAGUUCAAAAAACGAAAUGGAAAGACAUCCCUGGGACGAGACAGGAGAGGGAAGACAUUCAGAAACAAGUGAGCCAAGGAGCAGAAGCAGCUCUACAAACAGUGGUAUUAGUGUUUUUAGCCAUGUAACAUCUCCGGAACAGCAGAUAGGAGCAAUUUCCUUGCCUGUGGGAUUAACAAAGAUUUCAGAUUCUGCAGAAAGAUUCAGAACAUUGAACAUGGAAGAAUUCAACCAACAGCUCAUUGUUGUUCCUGUAAAAAAGAAGAAGAAACGCAAGCAAGCAAGUUCUGGAUCUGAAGGCAGUUUUGUAAAACAUGAAAUUGACUGUUCCAAUAGUUCCCAAAGUUCAGAGCCAGCACUGUUGAGUGACUUUGCUUUUGAAGGCUCCAUAACCACAACUUGUGACUUGUCUGAUCAAAUGAGUUUGUUGAGCAGCAGCCUGGAUCACUUGAUCACUGAUUUUUCUGAACAAGAGAGCCACAUUGGUACAGAAUUGGAUACUUUUUUGCAAGAGGAAUGUAAUUCCAAUAUUUUUGGUUCCAUACAACCUCCUGAGUGUACAUCAACAUCACAGGAUGGCCAUCUCCCAUCAGACAAUUUAGCAGAAUCUUUGAAGACUGCAACUACAAUGAAUGAAAAUACAUCUUCCUCUGAUUUACAUUUUGCAGAAUGUUUAGAUACUGUAUCUUCUGUCAAAUUGGAAACUUUAGACAGUUCCUGCAAUAAAAACAAAGAUUGCAGAGGCGAGGUUUCAGUGUCAAGUUCUGAACCAGUACUUAGACAACAAGCAAAUUCAGUUAGCACUAUGUUUGAUGUGGUUUGCAACAGUGAACCUUUGGAAUUAAGAUCUCAAGAUCCAGAAAAAUCUGUGUUGUCUGGUGGCCUAAAUUUGCAAGGAUCUUUAAGUGAAAGCUCAGAGUCUUUCUUGGAUGAGCGUCAUGCACUACUGAUGAGAAUUCUUUCACCAGACAAAGAUCACAACAGACAAGAAAUCAAUGCAUUUUCACAGUUAUGUGUGUCAUACAAUGAACCCAAUUUAUCAGAUAGAACUGAAUCUCCACAACCUUUUGAAACUGUUUGUUCAGUUGAUAAUGCUAUCACAGAUGAAAAGAAGGUCCAACAACAACUUUCAUCUUCCAGUGAUGAUGAGGAUAUUUAUGGCCAUGGAGGACCUCCUUCAUUAUCUGAACCCAGUGUGACUGAACACAUUCUCACUUCUGAUGCUGAAAAAUCACAAGGUUCAGUUUUUCAAGAUCUGAAUACUUCCGUUUCAGAUGAAAUGGAGCUUUUAAAAUCAGAUCAGUUUGCUGAGAGUUGGAUGGGUUACUCUGGCCCGGGCUAUAAUAUCCUCAGCCUUGUGGUCUCCGAGAAGCAUGUCUGGUGUUUAGAUUACAAAGGUGGACUAUACUGUAGCCCGUUUCAUGGUACAAGUUUGCGGUGGCAGAAGUUUGAGGAUGGAGUGCAACAGGUGGCUGUAUCACCAUCAGGUGUGCUGUUAUGGAAGAUUGAACAAAAAUCUAGCAAAGCUUUUGCCUGUGGUAAAGUGACAAUGAAAGGGAAGAGACAUUGGUAUGAGGCUCUACCAAAUGCUGCAUAUGUUGCUUUAAGUGAUGACACUGCAUGGAUCAUCCAAACUAAUGGAGAACUCUAUCUACAAACAGGUCUUAGUGCUGACCGACCUUGUGCGAGAGCAGUGAAGGUGGAAUGCCCUUGUCCAUUAGUGCAAAUUACUUCCAGAAAUAAUGUGGUAUGGGCAUUGACGGAACAACGAACAACUCUCUUCAGGAAUGGCAUAAGCAGUUUUUGUCCAGAGGGUGAACACUGGAUUUCUGAUAUUGUAAGUGAAAAGCAGAUGUUGGAGUUGGUGUGUAUAGCAUUGGGAGACCAGCAAACAGUCUGGGCUUUAGACACAAAUGGCAACCUCUGGUUUCGCACUGGCAUCUCUUCAAAGAAACCUCAAGGUGAAGAUGAGCACUGGUGGCAGGUGAGCGUUACAGAUUAUGUGGUCUUCGAUCAGUGCAACAUCUUCCAAACAAUAAUCCAUGCAACACAUACUGUUGCCACAGUUGCUCAUGCUCCAGUAGAAAAAGUAGCAGACAAGCUGCGAGGUGCCUUAUGGUCGCAACAGCCUCCAUCUCAGCCAAGUCUCAUCAGCGUUAACAGCAGUGGUGUGUGGAUUACCUCAGGGAAAAAUGAGUUGCACGUGGCAAAGGGAAAUCUAUUAGCAACAUAUUGGAAAACAAUUGUACCUCGAGGAACUGUAUCAGCUACAAAAUGGGCUUUUGUCCUGGCUUCCAUGGCUCCUACUAAAAAAGGAAGCUUUCUGUGGCUGGGACAAAGCAACAAGGACCUCUUCUGCAUCAGUGACCAAAAUCCUGAGUUUCGCCCCUCAACUGUACAGUUACCUCCUGAUGUAGAGAUGGUGCAGAUUUCUGCUAGCCAUGACGCAGUCUGGGGCCUGGACUUGCAGGGCAAUAUUCACAUUAGGACAUUGUCAGAAAACUGCCCAAGUGGGAUGCACUGGACCAAACUGGAUCUUACACAGUUAGGCAGUAUAAAACUAUCAAGCUUAGCAUGUGGAGGGCAGCAUGUAUGGGCUUGUGAUGUUGAUGGAAUUAUUUACUUUCGUGUGGGGACACAACCACUGAACCCCAGCAUGAUGCUUCCUGCUUGGAUAACCAUUGAGCCGCCAGAACAGAUCAACUUUAUCCAGAGUAACUGUUGCAAAGUUAAUGAAGAUUGUGACCUCAAACUGAAUAGGCCAUUAGGAACACAACUGAUCAACAUUUAUUCCAGCCCUAAUGACCAGAUGGUUUGGGCAGUUGAUAGUCGAGGCAACGUCCAUGUGCGACUUGGAAUUACAGAGGCAAUGCCUGUAGGCACUGACUGGGAACAUGUGCCAGGUUUACAGGCUAGUCAGUUAACUGUGAGCUAUAGAACAGUGUGGGUACGUUGUUCUAAUGGAGAUAUAGCACGUCGCUAUGGAAUAACUAACAAAAAUCCUGCGGGCGAUUAUUGGAAAAAGAUUCCUGGUAAUGUGAUUUGCUUGACAGUUACACCUCAAGAUGACCUGUGGGCCAUUAGCACUGGAGGCUCACUUCUUCAACGACUUACCAAGAAUUUUAACCAUACCGAUGCACUAAUUAAUCCUAACCGUAUUGCUCUUUUGGGUCAAUCUGAGGACUUUGAUGAUGAGUGGGAGGUCAUCUGAAAAUGACAGAAAUUGCAGCAUUUCUUGGAUCAUAUAAUCAAGCCAUGAAUAUUACCUUUUCUUUUAUUCAUUGUAGAUUCUUAAUCCCAUUAGGGUUAACAAUUGCAUUCAGACAAAUAUUUUGCAUAAAUUUCUUUGCGGUUACAGUAUAAAUGAAGCAAAUGCAUCUUUUGUGACUCUGCUAGUAUUAGAAUGCAAACAGGUAUAUCAUUCAGCAAAGAAGCUGAAAGAUUUGAAAUACUACCUUCUAACUGGGAGCUGUUGUCUGAGUAUGCUUUAAUGACAGAAAACUCCACUUGGAUCGGUUUUCUGUUACCAUUCACUUACCAUGUCGCAAUCCAUAUAUCAAUCUUUGAAUGUAGAUUUUGUGUAGAGGUUUGAGAUACCCACGUAACGAUUGUUUUGUUAAUUAAUGUAAACUGGACAUUAAACGCAUCAGGAACAAGAAACUUGCACAGCCAAUAGCAAUAAGAGCAGAAGAUGGCUCAUUUUAUUGUUUAAGAAAGAUUUGUGGCUAUAGUUAGGUUAUUGACGGUUUCUUUUUGUUAGCACCUUCCUGCUUCUGCUAGGAACAGAAAUAUUCUUGAAUGAGUGAUGUCACUGUUUACACACACCUAUAAAUGAUCAAAAAUACAUGUAUUUUUGGAAUGGUGUUAUUGGUGUUUUAACCAUACUCAAAGCAACAAGGUGGCCAGCUUGAAUGGUAAAUGGCACCCAUAUUUAAUUCCAAGGAAGUUGAGAUUCAAACUUAUCUUUAAUUCCUAUGGCUGAAGCAAUCUCAGCUUAAAAAAAGCUUAAGAAUAAAGCAUUACAUUUCAUUAUAGUAUACAGUGAUACUGAAACAGUUUUUGUUUAGUGUAUUAUUAUUUAAGGUGCUUUUAACUGCCAGUUGUAGUCUGAAAGUCUUUGUUAAUAUGAAUUGUAGGUGACUAAUUAGAAUAUUACUAAAAUAUCCAUCUAUCUUAAAGCCUUGUGGAUGCUAGUUUUACAUAGAUCAGAAUUUAUCAGUUGAUUGUGCUACCUUUGGAAAAAAAAGCCUUACUAAUAUUGUGUUUACUGUAAAUAGUAAAUGUGCAAAACUAUAAUAGUAAUUUGAAGUUCAAUUGCUAUUUAGCAAUUUUUUUUAUUCCCUUUAGAAGCUGACAAAUUGGUCCUAACCAAAUUAUAACCAAAUGUCAUUAGUCAUGCUUUUGUGUUGGAGAAAAGGACAAUGUUUACACUUGCCAAAUAUAUUAAUCAGACUCUUGUAUAUAGAUUACAUACAGUUUGAGUCCAUUCUGAGAGUUCCGUCUAUUGAAUUUUGCACUUUGAACUUUUCUCGAGGAUACCUUGUGAAAAUCAGAUACUCCAGAACUUGUGGCAACUGUCAGUAACUGAUUUUAUUAAUUGUACAAUAUAUUGUGUUCCUAUUAGGUUGAAAUGAUUACUAACUUUAUUAGUUUAGAUCCAGGAGUCCAUGAAUGACAAUUAAUUUUCUUCUGUGUAAACAACUGAAAAUAUGAAAUAUCUUAAAAUGAAAAUAAAUCACCCAAUGGAAGGUCAUAUAUCUGACUAACAAAAAUAUAUUUUUUAAGAAGAUAACUAAUUGCUAAAAUUAGUUAUUUGAAUAUUAGUAGCACAUAGUUUAUGUUUCACAAUGUUAUGCAGUCAUUUUGUUGGUCUAUCAACUUAAAUUCUUUAAUGUAUUAAUGAGAUGAUGCAUUAUGUAGAGAUACACUGCAGUUCCAGCUAAUGAGCUAUAAAAAUAAAGAAAUGGGUGAUGCAGUGGAUUACCAGACAGUCCGGUCUACUGUCUUUGAAUUCAAUCCAAACAAAUAAUGUUGAUUUUGUUUUUUAACCAGCCAUAAUGGUGCAUCUUCAAAUUAGCUUGUGUAGUGUCAUCUCUGCUCAUUGUGUUUACAGAUCAGUAGCAAAAAUCUGUAUAAUUGAGCAAAGUCUUCUGCAUCAUAAACCCAGAAUAUUCAGUGUGAGGAAUAGAAAUAAUCAUUUAAUCCCAUAGGAGGUGCUCUGUCCUACGAAUAAUAUAGUUGAUCAUGAAGCUCAAGUGCUAGAUGUGUAAGUGUUCUAUUGAACAAACUGAUUUUAUUGUACAGAAAACAAUAUAAAUGCAAUGCAGAAUGAGAGGUUUUGAAUUGUUACUUUCCCCUCUCUAAAUGUGAUAGUGAAAUUAUUGUAAAAGUCUUGACAGAUGUCAAGAAAAUGGUUUGCAAAUGUAAACAGCUAUUAAUUUGUUUAGGCCAGCAAAGUUUACCAUUUUGUUUAAAAAUAUGAAUGAUUUAUUUGCUUUUUUAGAAGUUGAAUCUCUUAAUAGAGUUUUCACUUAUUGAAUAUAUGCCUAAUAAUUGUUACCCUUAGGUAUUUUAAUUUUAAAAUGUUUUAAAGCUGUUUAAUAAAACAUGCCUCUGUUGUAGUCCAUUGAGUUGAAUUCAAUUCAGUGAUUGUUAUAUCCUGUGAUGAGUAGGAUAUUUGUUUGAGUAACUAACUUUAAUAUUUUCAAAGGAAUGCAUGCAUAUAUGUGACAUUGCAGCCUAGCUUGAUUGUGGCCUUUUUGAUGUCAAUCAAAACUUUUACAGCCUGGAAUAGAUGCAUUAAAGUGUAAAUCAUAGAUUAAUUGCACAGUACAUUGAAAGACUGGCUGACUGAAUGAAUGAAUUCACUGGAAAGAGCUCUAGUGAUAUUCACGUUGUACCAGAAGAAUAUUACAUGCAUGCUCCUGUGUUGUAUAUUUAACUAUUUAUGAUAGGUUUCUAAUGAUACCUAACAACAAAACUUAUUAAAAAUGUUUAUAGCGUUUUACAUUAUGCAUCAAAGCUGGUACUAUUGCUUAAACAAUCCCUGUAUAUGAGU